UAUUAUCUAUAUAUAUUAUCUAACUUAGAUUAUAACACUUUUUAUUAUAAAACUUAGAUUCUAAGUGUUAUCAAUUUAAAUUAAUCAAAAUCGUAGAUACGUUAUGGCAGAUAAUUAUUAUAUAGCCACACGCAAAAGAUCAAACCCUAGUACAAGCCCAAUCAAAAAGCUUUAUUCAGUUGUAACUCUUAAUGAAAAUAAUUUUCAUAAAAAGUGCAUGGUUCCGUUUCAUUGGGUGGAGGAAGAUGAAAAAUGUGUGUACUGGCCUCCAGUUGGAGAACAUCCCCUACACUACUAUAUAUCAAAAUGGCUUUCUCCUUGUCCAAAUUGGCAACAAUUUCCUCUAAUAAAAGUUUCUUUAAGUAAAGGCACUAAAGAAAUGUGUAAUGUAUGCUUGAACAUAGACUCAGAAUUAUCAGAGUGUCCUCCUGCAGGUGUUGUACUAGAAACAUCUGAAAUGAUCCGCGAGCCUAGUCCGGAUCUUGUCAUCAAAAGAAUACCAAAGUUUAGUAGUAAAAAUUUUAAAUCCGACCAAUGCAAAAGAAGGACUAAAGAAUAUUCUAAUGAAAGCGAAAGCUGUUCUUCUGAUUCACAUUCCAGUCCUUUAAAAGUUGCAAUCCAACAAACAAAAAAAUCAAAACAUUCGUUGACUAGUCAGAAUACUGUAACCAAACACAACUAUACUGCAUCUGCUUCAUAUUUUCAAACAUCAGCUUCUAACAGUAAUAGUAAUCAACCCCCAAGGAGAUCUCCAUUGAAACAAAACACUUCAUCUCAUUGCAUGCUCAAUGUAAAUUCCACUCCCUGUCACAAAGAUGCAUCAUUGUCACUCUGCCAACCAAAAUCCAGUCAAACAUGUCGUUUUGGAAAUUAUGGUGACCCACCUUCUUCGUUUAAGUUAAUGGAUCAGAGGCGAAUGCAGUAUGGAUUGUUUAUGGAGUUGGCUGCUAUUAAAGCCGGUCAGGCAGAUAUUGUUACUACAUUGGAACGGUUAGGAAGGAGAAUAGAGCCAGCAGAUUCAAGUUUCCAUCUUACAAAGUUUGACACCAUGGAAGAAUUUGAAAAGUUCGAUAGAAAGUUGGUUGAUGAAAAUGAGUAUACUCUUCUGGUUAGUCGUUUAAAACAACUGGGUGGACAGUCACCUUCACAACUAGUAAGUAGGUGUAUAAAUGAGUUGAUGGAGAAACAGGUGCAGGCGCAGUUUAACAAGAUGGGUAACAAAGGAAAAAAAUCGUUUAAGAUUACUUUUUCAUAUAAGGCAAUACUAGCUGCACUUGUAUCUCAAACUAACACAAGGGAAGUAAUAGAUAGAUUCAUUGGAGAGCAUUUAAAGCGUGCUCCUCGUGGAUUGGCUGCAGAUUAUAAAUAACGAGUUAUUUUAUAUAAAAGAUAUUUACACCUGAAAUCCA